AUGCUGAGACAGCGCCAGCAGAAAUCGCUACAUCAACCCCCGCUCAAAAAUAAGAAAAAGAAGGCGGCCAAGGCUGAAGAACAGAGCGUGGAGGCCGAGGGUGAAACGCAGACGGAAGCAGACUCAAACCUUACACUUGUAGACGCUGAGGCGGAGCUGGUAGAGGUUGCUACCACCAACUCCACUCAAGAAGAAGAAGAAAAAGAAGGCAGCACAGGUAGCUGAGGAGUAGGAGCCAGAGACCACAGCAGUGGAGGAGAGCAUUGCAGAGGAGCAGCCCACAGAGGCUGACCUGGAGACUCCUGUGAAGAAGGGAAGAAGAAGAGGAAGAUCCCGGUAGUGAUUGAGGUCGAGGCUGAGGAGUUGGAGGCCGAGGCAGAGUCUGCUACAGUCAACGGGGUGGCUGGAAGCAGAAAGCUAAACUGAGCUACGUGAGUUUUAAGUUCACAUUGACUUCACUUCCUAGGCCCAGGUUGAAUCAGCCUGCCACAUUUGAUGAUGUCCCCCUCCAUCAAAUAUGCAAAUAGUUGAAAGUUAUUUCCUAAAUGCAUAACAUUUUAGUUAGCAUAAGUGUAGCUGAUGUUAGCUAUGUGCUUGUAGCCAUUGAACAGGUUUCUUGUUUAUACAUUUUUGACUUUUGUUAAAUUGCUUUGUGUUUCAUCCUCUUCUCAGGACAACGAAGAGCCGUCCACACCAGUGAGCGCCAAGAAAACAAUGUAAUACUAGGCAGCUUCUGUGUCAAACCAGUGUUUAGUACCUUCUUCUUGCUGGACAGUGAUGUGCUGGGGCUUCCCUUGGAUCUCUUGAAGAAGAGGGGUGUAGGGAUGGUGGCAAUGGUUCUGGAACGUAAUGAAGUCAGACUCUGCCUCUGCCUUAGCCUUCUUGGGCAUCAUCUUUUUUAAGUUACUUCAUCACCAUCUCUCCUUGUAAAUGUCUUAUCACAAAUGUGUAAUCCCAUUUUAAUCAAUUUCUUUCACAGAAGAAGUGUCAGACUCCAAAGUCCGAAUCCAAGAAGGUUACCUUUGGACUUAAUAAAAACAAAACUGCAGGUAUGAGAGGGCCGGAUAGCACCUUAUCUACUCAUACAACGGACAAGACCUCUAUUAUUUCCCAAUGUACAGUGGGGAAAAAAAGUAUUUAGUCAGCCACCAAUUGUGCAAGUUAUCCCACUUAAAAAAGAUGAGAGAGGCCUGUAAUUUUCAUCAUAGGUACAUGUCAACUAUGACAGACAAAAUGAGAAAACAAAAUCCAGAAAAUCACAUUGUAGGAUUUUUAAUGAUUUAUUUGCAAAUUAUGGUGGAAAAUAAGUAUUUGGUCAAUAACAAAAGUUUUCUCAAUACUUUGUUAUAUACCCUUCGUUGGCAAUGACACAGGUCAAACGUUUUCUGUAAGUCUUCACAAGGUUUUCACACACUGUUGCUGUUAUUUUGGCCCAUUCCUCCAUGCAGAUCUCCUCUAGAGCAGUGAUGUUUUGGGGCUGUCGCUGGGCAACACAGACUUUCAACUCCAUCCAAAGAUUUUCUAUGGGGUUGAGAUCUGGAGACUGGCUAGGCCACUCCAGGACCUUGAAAUGCUUCUUACGAAGCCACUCCUUCGUUGCCCGGGCGGUGUGUUUGGGAUCAUUGUCAUGCUGAAAGACACAGCCACGUUUCAUCUUCAAUGCCUUUGCUGAUGGAAGGAGGUUUUCACUCAAAAUCUCACGAUACAUGGCCCCAUUCAUUCUUUCCUUUACACGGAUCAGUCGUCCUGGUCCCUUUGCAGAAAAACAGCCCCAAAGCAUGAUGUUUCCACCCCCAUGCUUCACAGUAGGUAUGGUGUUCUUUGGAUGCAACUCAGCAUUCUUUGUCCUCCAAACACGACGAGUUUAGUUUUUACCAAAAAGUUCUAUUUUGGUUUCAUCUGACCAUAUGACAUUCUCCCAAUCCUCUUCUGGAUCAUCCAAAUGCACUCUAGCAAACUUCAGACAGGCCUGGACAUGUACUGGCUUAAGCAGGGGGACACGUCUGGCACUGCAGGAUUUGAGUCCCUGGCGGCUAGUGUUGUUACUGAAUGGAAAAAACGGCCACCAAGAUGUGUUUUUCCAAGAUUCGUCUAGCAGGGUCGAAGUCGAGGAAUGUCUGCGACUGUACGUCUGCCUUGUCGAAUACUGAACAGUUCACGAGACGCCUCUGCGGUGGGUGAAUCCAGGUCAAACACCUUCAGCAUCUCCUCAGCAAACAGGUCGAAGGUUGCACAUGCGGGGGUUUGACGUUCGAACUCUGCUGUUCCCCAGAGUCGAGCUCGGCCCGUCAGGUGAGUGAUGGCAUACCCAACUUUAGCCCCCUCCGUGGCGAAGGUCCUUGGCUGCAAGGAGAACUGAAGUCGGCAGCUAGUCAGGAAUGGCCGGACCUGGGUUGAGUCGCCGUUGAAACCGCUCGGGGUUUCCAAUCUUGGGUUCCGGAGCAGCGGCUGCAAUGACCGGGGCAGGUAACUCGGGGGCAGGGCUGGUGGGCAGACUGGCUGGGGUAAGGUUGGUGAGGAGUUGAAUGAUCAUGGCGAGUUGUUGUUGCUGCUGCUGGAACUGCUGCUCAUGCUCAUCGGUUUCCAUGUCGGGGAAAGUGUGCGCUGAGUCCAUAAUGGUCAGAUCGUACUGUCACGGUUCAGACAGACGACCAGAGGACCACAAUUGCGUCACACCAGAAAGUUUAUUAAAACUUAAGGGAAAAGGGAAGUAGGGAGUGAAUGAAGGCUCCAGGGGUAACAGGGAUCCCGUCCAAUGUGCUGGGUCUGUGCCCCCCCCAGUGGCAGCGAUGCGUCCUAUGAAGCCGGUGGUGGGUGGUCCAGAAGUCCUGGGGGGGGGGAGACACAGACACAACAGGGCGGAAUGAAACAAGGCAGCAGUACAGUUCAAGGGAAAUCCAAAAUACGUAGUAGCAAGGCAGAAGGCUGGUCAGAGUUACCGGGAUAGAAGAGUAGUCAGGAGUCGUUAUGGCAGAAGCAGGUCUGGAUCUCCUGGGGCAGAAGAGUAUCCAAAAAUCAGGCAGGUCCGGGGUCACAAAACCAGGGUGAGCCAGAAGCGCGAGCAAACAGGUUCCGGGUGUGAGCUUUGCAGACGAUCUGACAAAGGAGAGCUGAAAGACAGGGCUUUAAAUACUGGGAGAGGUUGUGGGUAAUGCAGCGCAGCUGGCAGAGUAAUUAGAGCAGAGCAGAGCAGGGACAGGUGGAGCUAGUUAGGCUGAGUAGAGAGAGUGGUGAGCAGAGUGGAAGAAAAUUAAGGUGGUAACCCGGUGGAGUGAGAGGCUCAUGACAAUAUAAGGAAGUCAGUCAAUUUAAAUAAAUAAAUUAGGCCCUAAUCUAUGGAUUUCACAUGACUAGGCAGGGGCGCAGCCAUGGAUGGGCCUGGGAUAGGUCCACCCACUGGGGAGCCAGGCCCAGCCAGUCAGAAUUAGUUUUAUUACAGACAGAAAUACUCAGUUUCAUCAGCUGUCCAGGUGACUGGUCUGAGACGAUCCUGCAGGUGAAGAAGCUGGAUGUGGAGUUCCUGGGCUGGCGUGGUUACACGUGGUCUGCGGUUGUGAGGCAGGUAGGACGUACUGCCAAAUUCUCUAAAAUGAUGGAGGCGGCUUAUGGUAGAGAAAUGAACAUUCAAUUCUCUGACAACAGCUCUGGUGGACAUUCCUGCAGUCAGCAUGCCAAUUGCACGCUCCCUCAAAACUUGAGACAUCUGUGGCGUUAUGUUGUGUGACAACAGCACAUUUUAGUGGCCUUUUUAUUGUCGCCAGCACAAGAUGCACCUGUGUAAUGAUCAUGCUGUUAAUCAGCUUCUUGAUAUGCCACACCUGUCAGGUGGAUGGAUUAUCUUGGCAAAGGAGAAAUGCUCACUAACAGGGAUGUAAACAAAUUUGUACACAAUCUGAGCUAAAUAAGCACUUUGUGCACAUGGAAAAUUUCUGCUAUCUUUUAUUUCAGCUCAUGAAACAUGGGACCAACACUUUACAUGUUGCGUUUAUAUUUUUGUUCAGUAUAGUUCUUACAUCAUUGCGAUCUCCAUAUCUUCUACUUCAGGCAAGAAAAAUUACUCAAAACCAGGAAAGUCAGACCAGAGUGCAGCAUCAGACGAGAGCAAACGAGCAAAGACACCCGGCGACACCACCACAAAGAAGAGGAAGAAGAGGAGCAUGGGAGAAGUGAAGAGCAGAACGGGGUGGUGGAGGAGUCGAAAGUGAAGGCUGACAACUCCUGCUACAACAGAGAGCGAAACGACAGACGCUAAGAAGGCAGCACCUACAGAAGCAAAGACGGAGCGCUCUGUCCCAACAGACUCUGCAGAGGCCGGAUAGACUGGGGUAAAGACUGAAACCUCUACCCCAGCCGAGGGCACCGAUGUUGGGGAGAAGGUGGAGAAGCAAGAGGCUGUCCUGGAGGAGGAGGCCUCUCCUAUGAAGGUCACUGAUACUCCAACAGCGGUAACUGCCAUGGAGACAGAGAACCAAUCAGAAAUUCCAAAGGAUGUAGUGGUGGGGAGCCUAUCAUCUGCCAAAGUAAUGGAGAUGGGACAGAAGACCCAAUCUGAGACGCCAGUACCAGACAGCACGUCGUCCAAGAAGUCUGAGUCUGAGUGCCCCUGAGACUGCUACUACCAGCACAACCAAGAGGAAGGGCAGGAGGAAGAGCACCAAGCAGGAGCCUGAGGAACAGACAACCGUAGAGGAGGUUGAGACGAAGCCAGAUGCUGUAGAAGUGCCACUAGCAGAAGAGAUCACGGCCACCCCACUAAAGAAGACUUGGAGGGAGAAGGCUAAAUGGACUGCUGAGAGCACAAAGGAAGAAGUCGCUGAAAUAGACGCAACACCGGUAGACACGACACCAGCAGACACUAAACCAGAAGCCACACCAGCUGUGGAGCCUCCAGCUGACGUCCGCAUCGCCACCACUCCCCUGAAAAAGAAGAAACUAAAGGUGGCCAAGUCUGAAGAGGAGAGCGUGGAGGUCGAGGGUGAAAUGCAGCCAGAAACUGAAGCGGACGUCAUACUUGUAGAUGCUGAGACAGCGCCAGCAGAAAUCGCUACAUCAACCCCGCUCAAAAAUAAGAAAAAGAAGGCGGCCAAGGCUGAAGAACAGAGCGUGGAGGCCGAGGGUGAAACGCAGACGGAAGCAGACUCAAACCUUACACUUGUAGACGCUGAGGCGGAGCUGGUAGAGGUUGCUACACCAACUCCACUCAAGAAGAAGAAGAAAAAGAAGGCAGCACAGGUAGCUGAGGAGUAGGAGCCAGAGACCACAGCAGUGGAGGAGAGCAUUGCAGAGGAGCAGCCCACAGAGGCUGACCUGGAGACUCCUGUGAAGAAAGGGAAGAAGAAGAGGAAGAUCCCGGUAGUGAUUGAGGUCGAGGCUGAGGAGUUGGAGGCCGAGGCAGAGUCUGCUACAGUCAACGGGGUGGCUGGAAGCAAGAAAGCUAAACUGAGCUACGUGAGUUUUAAGUUCACAUUGACUUCACUUCCUAGGCCCAGGUUGAAUCAGCCUGCCACAUUUGAUGAUGUCCCCCUCCAUCAAAUAUGCAAAUAGUUGAAAGUUAUUUCCUAAAUGCAUAACAUUUUAGUUAGCAUAAGUGUAGCUGAUGUUAGCUAUGUGCUUGUAGCCAUUGAACAGGUUUCUUGUUUAUACAUUUUUGACUUUUGUUAAAUUGCUUUGUGUUUCAUCCUCUUCUCAGGACAACGAAGAGCCGUCCACACCAGUGAGCGCCAAGAAAACAAUGUAAUACUAGGCAGCUUCUGUGUCAAACCAGUGUUUAGUACCUUCUUCUUGCUGGACAGUGAUGUGCUGGGGCUUCCCUUGGAUCUCUUGAAGAAGAGGGGUGUAGGGAUGGUGGCAUGGUUCUGGAACGUAAUGAAGUCAGACUCUGCCUCUGCCUUAGCCUUCUUGGGCAUCAUCUUUUUUAAGUUACUUCAUCACCAUCUCUCCUUGUAAAUGUCUUAUCACAAAUGUGUAAUCCCAUUUUAUCAAUUUCUUUCACAGAAGAAGUGUCAGACUCCAAAGUCCGAAUCCAAGAAGGUUACCUUUGGACUUAAUAAAAACAAAACUGCAGGUAUGAGAGGGCCGGAUAGCACCUUAUCUACUCAUACAACGGACAAGACCUCUAUUAUUUCCCAAUGUACAGUGGGGAAAAAAAGUAUUUAGUCAGCCACCAAUUGUGCAAGUUAUCCCACUUAAAAAGAUGAGAGAGGCCUGUAAUUUUCAUCAUAGGUACAUGUCAACUAUGACAGACAAAAUGAGAAAACAAAAUCCAGAAAAUCACAUUGUAGGAUUUUUAAUGAAUUUAUUUGCAAAUUAUGGUGGAAAAUAAGUAUUUGGUCAAUAACAAAAGUUUCUCAAUACUUUGUUAUAUACCCUUCGUUGGCAAUGACACAGGUCAAACGUUUUCUGUAAGUCUUCACAAGGUUUUCACACACUGUUGCUGUUAUUUUGGCCCAUUCCUCCAUGCAGAUCUCCUCUAGAGCAGUGAUGUUUUGGGGCUGUCGCUGGGCAACACAGACUUUCAACUCCAUCCAAAGAUUUUCUAUGGGGUUGAGAUCUGGAGACUGGCUAGGCCACUCCAGGACCUUGAAAUGCUUCUUACGAAGCCACUCCUUCGUUGCCCGGGCGGUGUGUUUGGGAUCAUUGUCAUGCUGAAAGACACAGCCACGUUUCAUCUUCAAUGCCUUUGCUGAUGGAAGGAGGUUUUCACUCAAAAUCUCACGAUACAUGGCCCCAUUCAUUCUUUCCUUUACACGGAUCAGUCGUCCUGGUCCCUUUGCAGAAAAACAGCCCCAAAGCAUGAUGUUUCCACCCCCAUGCUUCACAGUAGGUAUGGUGUUCUUUGGAUGCAACUCAGCAUUCUUUGUCCUCCAAACACGACGAGUUUAGUUUUUACCAAAAAGUUCUAUUUUGGUUUCAUCUGACCAUAUGACAUUCUCCCAAUCCUCUUCUGGAUCAUCCAAAUGCACUCUAGCAAACUUCAGACAGGCCUGGACAUGUACUGGCUUAAGCAGGGGGACACGUCUGGCACUGCAGGAUUUGAGUCCCUGGCGGCGUAGUGUGUUACUGAUGGUAGGCUUUGUUACUUUGGUCCCAGCUCUCUGCAGGUCAUUCACUAGGUCCCCCUGUGUGGUUCUGGGAUUUUUGCUCACCGUUCUUGUGAUCAUUUUGACCCCACGGGGUGAGAUCUUGCGUGGAGCCCCAGAUCGAGGGAGAUUAUCAGUGUUCUUGUAUGUCUUCCAUUUCCUAAUAAUUGCUCCCACAGUUGAUUUCUUCAAACCAAGCUGCUUACCUAUUGCAGAUUCAGUCUUCCCAGCCUGGUGCAGGUCUACAAUUUUGUUUCUGGUGUCCUUUGACAACUCUUUGGUCUUGGCCAUAGUGGAGUUUGGAGUGUGACUGUUUGAGGUUGUGGACAGGUGUCUUUUAUACUGAUAACAAGUUCAAACAGGUGCCAUUAAUGGAGGACAGAAGAGCCUCUUAAAGAAGAAGUUACAGGUCUGUGAGAGCCAGAAUUCUUGCUUGUUUGUAGGUGACCAAAUACUUAUUUUCCACCAUAAUUUGCAAAUAAAUUCAUUAAAAAUCCUACAAUGUGAUUUUCUGGAUUUAUUUUUCUCAAUUUGUCUGUCAUAGUUGACGUGUACCUAUGAUUAAAAUUACAGGCCUCUCAUCUUUUUAAGUGGGAGAACUUGCACAAUUGGUGGCUGACUAAAUACUUUUUUCCCCCACUGUAUAUACUUUGUUGUUCCGUGUUCAAUGAUAAUCUAGCUUCUGCAUCCUCAUUUCUUUACAGUUCAAUGUUGUUCCAUAGUUUUGAUGAGACUUUCCUAUUUGUUUUUGCCCGUUUAUGAUCCCCAGAAUUCAGGAUGUCUGAUCACAGGCUACUGGUGAGUCCAGAGGGGUCGUCCAGAGUGCCAUUUGACCCCCAGCAGAAACCCCGGUUCGGAGUGCUGAAGGCCUCAGUGGCCUCUCUUACCAACAGAACCAAUAAGAAGACCAAGAGCACCCCUAAAGCCACCCCCAAACGGCCUACCGCUGCUGACUUUCUAGUCCUCAGUGAGGAGACUGGUGAGACAGAGGACAAUUCCCCCCUCAGUCACACCCCACUGUUUAUCCACUAG